GCGGUCUUAGGAACAAAAAGCACGGCGGCGCCAUUUUGCCGGGCUUCUUCUGAGGAGAAAUUUGGGAGCGAGAAAGGCCAAAAAAAGAAAAGAAAAAGACAGCAAAAGAAAGCGAAGAGAAGGGGCGAAGAAGCAACAGCCGGGCGCCGACGUAGAAGCGGCGUCUCUGCCGAAAGGCGAAUAAGUGAAGAGAGGAAAGCAACCCGCCGCCAUCAUCUUUGCGUUCGGGGCACCUGAGGGGGGAGGCCGGGCUAAGCCUGAGCGGAACCUCCCGCCGCUGCCGACGCCGCCAGAGCCGCAGGCAGAGCAGAGCGAGCCCCGCCCCCGACGGUUCUGGGGACCCGAGAUGGCCGCACCGUCAGCGCCGAAAGUUGUGCUUAAGAGCACCACCAAGAUGUCCCUCAACGAGCGCUUUACUAAUAUGCUGAAGAACAAACAGCCGAUCCCCGUGAACAUUCGCGCCACCAUGCAGCAGCAGCAGCUAGCCAGCGCCCGAAACAGGAGGCUGGCCCAGCAGAUGGAGAACAGACCUUCUGUACAGGCUGCCUUAAAGCUCAAGCAGAAGAGCCUGAAACAGCGCCUGGGGAAGAGUAACAUCCAGGCACGCUUAGGCCGACCGGCCGGACCCCUGACUCGUGGAACGUUAGGGGGGCGAGGGUUACCUAUGGGUCAGAGAGGCUUGCCCCGAGGAGCCAUGCGUGGCGGGCGUGGAGCGAGAGGCUUGCUACGAGGAGGAAUUCCCCUGAGAGGACAGGGUUUACUUCGGGGGGGCCGUGGCUUAGGCCCUCGGAUGGGCCUCAGGAGAGGAGGCAUUCGAGGGCGAGGUGGACUUGGCAGAGGCGGGCUUAGCAGAGGAGCCAUGGGACGUGGCGGACUUGGUGGCAGAGGUCGUGGCAUGGCAGGCCGGGGAAGAGGCGGCUUCGGCGGUCGCGGAAGAGGCCGAGGGCGAGGCAGAGGUUCGAUCCGGCCCGCGCUGACGAAGGAGCAGUUGGACAACCAGCUUGACGCUUACAUGUCAAAAACAAAAGGACACCUGGAUGCUGAGCUGGAUGCCUACAUGGCCCAGACAGACCCCGAAACCAACGAUUGACGCUUCUUACUGUAGACACUUGCUGAGGUCACGUGUCGUGUGUGUGCCGGUCUUCCCCCCCCCCGCCCCCCUCGUGUAAGCCAAGAACAGCGACAGCAGAUAGCACUGGGGAAGACCUGCAGACCUGACGCGUGGGGAGGGGCAGGAGGUAGAACUGUAACAUGUUCCUCUUACAUUUUGAUACUCUUUGUGUUGGACGGAACCCAGGGAGGGGGAAGGGAUUGUUUUUUUUAUAUAUGUAUAUAUCUACACACACACAUAUUUCUUAACAGAAUUUUGAACAUGAAUGUGACUGGCCGUCUACCGAUGGCAUCCACUUCCUUAGUGGAGCAGGAGUAUUGAGCCCCACUCAACCCUUCUCUUUGCUCUUAAGCGGGUAAACAUUGCAUGUGUGACCCCCCCCCUUCUCCCACCCCUCCCAUAAUUGGCCUUGCUGUAAAUAGGUCUCUGGUGCUUAUCAUGAGCUGUGAUGUCUGGCGGCUACAGCUGCUGCAAGAGUUGAGUUUGGAGGUAGUCGGUUAUGCCACGGUGUUGCCAGCUUCCAGAUACUUUCUGGUCCUCUCUGGUUUUCCUGCCCAAUAGUAAUUCUAUGAUUUUUAGACGGUGAACAAAAGUCAGUGGUGUCUUUCCCUCCCCUCCCUGAAAAGAGGUUGGGCUCAGCUUCGUUUUUAUUCAGCAAACCUCAUGUGGCUGAAAAAUGGUUCUUAUUUUGAUGUGGCAGCAAACUCCUUAGUUUUAUGUUCAUGCUCUUGUUACCAGCCUGCUGGGUGAGUUUUUGUGUGUUUUAAGACACCGGGGAGGCAGUUACUUUCUCUCUCUCUCUCUCUCUGCGCCACCUGGAGUCUUGUGAGCUCAACCGUUCUGUUCCGGUUUUGAACGACAUCUUGUAUUUUCUGGUUUACUGUAAGAAACAAUUGCAGGGAAAAGAAAA